GUAAAGAUUGGGGAGUAGGGGGUGGGGUGGAGAGGAAGGGAGAAGGAUGUGCUGAUUCUGGCCUAGAGAGACUGGGGCAGUCAACACCAUGAGCUUUCUGCUCUCCUGUGCAUGGCUCCAGGGUGAUAUAUCUGGGAUUCUCCAGACGUCAUUCCUGCUGAUCCUGAUCCUGCUAAUACUGAAGGGGGCCCAGCUCUACUUGUGCAGACAGAGGCUGGUUCGAGAUUUCCAGAGUUUCCCAGGUCCUCCUGCCCAUUGGCUCUAUGGGCACUUCUGGGAGUUUCCAGUGGAAGAGGAGCUACACAAAAUGAAUUCUCUGGCAGAGAAAUUCCCAUGUGCUUUUCCCCGGUGGUUCUCAGGCUUCAUGACAUUUCUCCAAGUCUACGACCCUGAAUACAUUAAGGUGAUAUUGAGCAAGAGAGACCCAAAGGCUCAUGCGAUCUACAGAUUUCUCACCCCUUGGAUCGGGAAAGGGCUGCUGGUCCUCAAUGGCUCAGAAUGGCACCAGCACCGGCGGCUGCUGACCCCCGCCUUCCACAGUGACAUCUUGAAGCCUUACGUGGCACUGAUGGCUGACUCUGUCCGAGUAAUGCUGGACAAAUGGGAGAAGCUCAGUGACCAGGGUUCGAGCCUGGAGAUCUUUGAGCAUGUCAGCUUAAUGACCUUGGACUCCCUCAUGAAAUGUGCCUUCAGCCAUCAGAGUAACUGCCAGAUGGAUAGGAACUCAAACUCCUACAUCCAAGCUGUUCAUGACCUAACCUACCUGCUGACUUAUCGAAUAGAGAAUGGAUUUCUCCAUAGUGAUAUCAUCUACUGGCUCAGCCCUGUGGGCCAUAGAACCCGUAGGGCUAUCCAAAGGGCCCAUCAGUACACAGAUCAAGUGAUUCAGAGGAGAAAGUGGCAACUCCAACAAGGAGAACUGGAGACCAUCUCCAAAAAGAGACACUUGGAUUUCUUGGAUGUUCUCCUCUGUGCCAAGACAGAGAGCGGGGACAGCUUGUCGGAUGAGGAGCUGAGGGCUGAGGUGGAUACAUUCAUGUUUGAGGGCCACGACACCACUGCCAGUGGCAUUUCCUGGGUCCUGUAUGCCCUGGCCACACAUCCUGAGCAUCAGCAAAAAUGCCGGGAAGAGAUAAGGAGAGUCCUGGGGAAUGGGGCCUCCAUCACCUGGGACCAUCUGGGUCAGCUUCCAUAUACCACCAUGUGCAUCAAGGAAGCCCUACGUCUCUAUCCUCCUGUGCCAUCUAUUGGUAGGGAUCUUAAAGAAACCAUCAUCUUUCCAGAUGGACGCAUCUUAACUGCAGGAAAUUCAGUUUCACUGAACAUAUAUACUCUUCACCAUAACUCCAGGGUGUGGCCAGAUCCAGAAGUAUUUGAUCCUCUCCGAUUCUCCCCUGAGAAUGUGAUGCUCCAGCAUUCCCAUGCCUACCUGCCCUUCUCUGCAGGAUCCAGGAACUGCAUUGGACAGAAGUUUGCCAUGAAUGAAAUAAAGGUGGUUCUUGCUCUCACCUUGCUCCUUUUUGAGCUGAAGCCAGACACCAUGAAGCCUCCCCUGCCAAUUUCAGAGCUGGUUCUAAGGUCCAAAAAUGGGAUUCACCUGUGGAUGAAAAGACUCCAUUGAUAACUGUCUCAGGGAGAAGAGGGUGAGGGGUCCUCCAUUUCUUCAAUCAUCUCUCUGAUUAUUUACCUGUAGAACUUUCCCUUGCUUUUGUCUUUCAGUCUCGGCUAUAAUAAAGUUAUCACAGACUAGAAUCUAGAGGACUGGGCGUUUAUCCCUUUUCCGGGAGAUGUGGAAAAGAAAAAGAAUAAGGAUAGUGAGAGAAUGAUGGGAGGGAAGAGUAAAAGAAAGAAGAAGGAGAGAAGAAGACGUCAAAAUCCACCUGGAUGAAUGGGUUCCAUUUCAGGGAUAAACUUUGGGAUGGAUGUUGAGCUGUCAAUGGGGCCACUUGAAAUCAUGGUUGAAUGAACUGAGUGAAUUUACCUGCAGAAAAGAUUUAAUUGAGGGGCAUGGGAAACAUUUUCAAGUACUUGAAGAGCUGUCCUAUAGAAGAGGGAUUGGAUUUGGUCUUCUUGGCCCUAAAGAACAGAACUGGAACAAUGUGUGUGUGUGAAUGUGUGUAUGGAGUCUGGAUUCUACCUUUCUAGACAAAUACAUUAUACCCCUUUAAAUACUUUAUGUUCCAGUCAAAUUAAUCCACUUGUUGCUUGUUAUAUGUGACUUACCACUUCCACACCUUUGUACGGGAUGUCCUCAAGCCUUUUCCAAGUCUCAGUUCAGGUAUUACUUCCUACAUGAAGCUUUUCUCAAUCUGCCAGCUGUUUUUCUUCUCCUGUUCCUACCUCGUGUACACUCUGUUUCUCUCCAUAGGAUGUAACCCCGGAGGGAAGGAGAUGUUUUGUCUUUAUCUUGGUAUCCCCAGCAUGGAACACGGAAGCUGGCACAGAGUAGAUGCUUAACAAAGGUUUGUUGGACCAGAUUCCAAAUCCUCUAGGGACCGGCCUACAAUUGCAAGAGUGGCCACCACAGGGCAGUAACAUGUUAGUCAAUCAGUUGACAAGAUUUUUUAUUUUUUUGUGUUUUAGCACUUGUCAGUUGAUCCCUGGGCUAAACUGCAGCCAGCACUAAAUAACAUCUUAAGGGUUAAUUACUCUGUAAGAUCAGGGUUGUUCAAAGAAGCAGGCUCCCACUCCCUCCAUAACCGAGGUUGAGAAUAGGACCAUUGACCUCUUACUGACUUUAGUGGGAUCUAAGAAGUGCUGCUGUCACAAGGAUGUCAAAAAUCUGGAAGUCCCCUACAUGAACAUGUAGUUAUUGGGAGAACAUGUCAAAAAGAUGUAAAUUUAAGUUAAUCUUGGUGAUGAUUUCAUGUAACUGGAACAAAGUAUCACAGACUAGACAAUUGAUGACUAUGUUUCGGUAAACAGAUCGUUAUUGUUAGUUACUGUUUAAUGUUAAUGUCUAGCUAGUAAGAACGUAACCAUAGAAUGUACACUAAGUAACCUAGCGGUCAUCUGGUGUCGUAGCAAUGCCAGGUUAAAGAGUAGAGACACUGGCUUUCAGAUCAAUAAAUGGAUCAUUUUGCCGAAGUAACUGCCUGCCGGGUGUCAGACUUUCUUCUUGUCAAGGCCCUUGAGCUAGUAUCAGUAAGCACUGUGUAUACAAGGAAAGGGAAACUGUCCCAGGACUCAAGGAUCUUUUAUUUGAAAGGGAAUGGACAAAUGCAAAAGUCCUAAGUACAGGCCAGAAACUGUAAGUGUUUGGAAGUGAGUGUGUGGAAAAGAAUCUUGCUGGAGAGGAUAAGGGUUAUAAAAUAAUGCAAAAGCUAUAAUGGAUCUAAGCCUUGAAUUCUACUUCCAACACCAACCUCCUCCUUCACAAUGCCUUUUGUAGUACAUUGUGCAAAUGAAUUUAAAUGAGGAAAGGUUGUGCAAAGUCACCAGCCUCAUUUUCUCUUCCAGUCAUCUAUGUUCAGUGGCCAGGUAGAGAUCAGGAUGACUGGGAUGGCCGUUAGGAAGAGAUAAUAAGUCAUAGCUGGAAGAAUCCUCAUUGAGGUCAAUUCCACAUUCUACAAAAAAUUCCAACCCAGGUCCUUUGAAUUCCCUGUCAUGGCAUUUCCACCCUGAUGUCAUUCUCCUCUUCAAGAAUAAAGGUCAAACAACCUCUGUGAAUAGUACUAGGAACUGCCAACUGGGGCCUGGACUUUGAGCAGUUUCUUCACUUAUUAAAUGAAGGGAGCAAGCCCUUCUCUUCUCCAGAUUAAACACCUUCUGUUCCUUCAACAGAACCUCUUAAGGCACGGACCCAAGGCUAUUUCUCAUCCAUACAACUGCUCAAUGUCCUUGUAAAAAUGUGGUGCCCAAUUUUUGAACCCAGGCUUCCAAA